CACUGUUAGGUGGCACUGAUUGGCAGCACUGAUAGGUGGCACUGACUGGCAUUGAUAGGUAGCACUGACUGGCAUUGAUAGGUGACACUGAAAGACAGCUCAGAUGGGCACUGAUAUGUGGCAUUGAUGUGGCACUGAUGUGCACUGGCAGGUGGCAUUGAUGAGCACUGACAGCUGGCAUUGAUGGACACUGACAGGUGGCACUGCUGGGGCUACACUGAUCAUCAGGGCACACUGAUUAUCAGUGCCCUGAUGAUCAGUGUACAUGUCCCCUCUGAGGGAUGCCGAUUACUGGCUCAGCGUGACAGCUCCUGUGAUUGAACACAGCUGAUCA